GUAGGAGAGACAAUGAUAGUAGCCGUGGCGAGGGGGAGGGGAGACUCCGAUGCCGCUCAGUGCUCUGUUUACCAUGCUCGGGUAGUGAGUGAGUGACCGAUACGUGCGUGACGUCAUGACCCACCACUAGCCUUAUCUGAGUGGACAAUGGGCGAGUUUCACCUACGUACGUUCACGGUUACUAUAAACCGUAGAAACACCCACACUGCAUGGGGAAUAAGUAUUGCCGGCGGCUGCGACCAGGGCAGUCCCCUUGUCAUUACUAAGGUACAACCCGGCAGCCCGGCGGAGGGAGUGGUCCAGAGAGGUGACCUGGUGCGGAAGGUAGCUGACUACGACAGCCGUGAUGUGCGACACCAGGAUGUCCAGACACUGUUCAAGAACUCAGGAAACUCAAUCAAGCUGGUCGUCUCUAGGGAGACCCGGGGAAGUGCACCACACAGUGCCCCGGGGAGUCGUGCAGGCAGUGUGCCACCCCUCCCCACGGCCGUGGGCAGCGCCAAGGGGACAGACUCUCCCUACAUCAUGGCCAGCUUGAACCCUGCUCUGAUAGACCAUCCUCGCCAGCGCACCGCCUCCCCCCACCGUGCGGAACUGGAGGAAGAGAUCCAAAUGGUGACCGAACAGCCCUACAGAACAACACCACUGGUUCUUCCUGGGGCCAAGAUCAAAAAGGAUGCGCUACCCACGGAGUCGUACUUGCGCCACCACCCCAACCCCCUCAUGAGGGCGCCACCACCACUGCACGGCUUACCUCAUGAAGUGCUUAUGAAACAGAAGGUGGCUGACACCAUCCUUCAGAGAGUAGUGGCCGAUGAUCCAAAUAAAAAGGUUAUGCCUCAGUUCAACUCCCCGAUUGGACUGUACUCGGAGGACAACAUCGUCAACACGAUACAACAGCAGACCGGGGCUACUCCGAUAUAUCCUCCCCCCAGUGAGGCCCCAUGUCGAAGCUACAAGAAGACGGUAGUCUAUGACCCAGCCAAAUCCGAGACGUACAAGGCUCUCAAGGAGUCUGAGUUCGGCGACACGCUUCAAGAGAUUCCAACUCCUGUUGAGCCCAAGGUUUUCUCCCCAGCUAAAGUCAACACUAAGAAUUUACCACCUCCUAAAACAAGAACGACUCCCCAUAGAUCUGUGGCUGCACACUCCGUCCCUGGUCCAAUGCACAAUAUAAACUCUAUUGGAGCUUCUGCCGAGAACAUCCAACAGAGCAACACCUUCAAGCGACUGAUGCACAUGGUACUAGAGGAGGAGAACUACUGAGCUUCUCUCGUCAGCUGGCAAGAGAUACAAGACACUCUUAUCAAGCAACAUGUGCUCUUAUCAAUUAACUCUAUGUGUUCACCCUUGAUAUUUAAUUAUUGUAAAUUUAUCUAUGUAUAAAAUAUCUGAAUUUAUGUACAGAUAGAGACGUAAACUGUAGCAAACCAAAAUAUCAUAAACGUUAAAACCUUUUUAUAUCAACCCGUACAGAAAUAUUUAGUUAGCUAUUCGUCGUGUGAGAGUGACUAACUGGUAUGUCUGUGAUCCUAAUCUCUGUAACACUAAGUCAAAUAGUUAUAGGGAACAAAUAUUUAUGAAUAUUUGACCGAGUGUACUUUCUAGUCAUCUGUUAGCCUCUUUUCCGAUAUAAAGAGGUGAACCAGUUAUAAUACAUUGUAUUUUGAUUAUUGAAUAGUUGUAAUGCUAAGAGAUUUUUGUGUUUGACACUCGCUGAAAGGUUAGAUGUUUGUUUCAGGUAGGAUGAAAAUAAUAUUUCAACUAUGGUAUAUUAAUUAUUUUCCAGCAAUUUUUGAAGAAAUGUGUACGCGAAAACAUAAUUUUAUUAGUAUUGUAUUUUUUCUACUUUUAGGUCAAUUAAUACUGACUGAUUAAGUAUCAUACUAAGAUGUAAAUUUAAAUUGUCAAUAUGCUCUAGGACUGUUGCUAACUACGGAUUAAUUCAUUUUGAAGUUACCAUUGCAUAAUUAAACUAUGUAAAAUAUGUUUGCCAAAAUAUGUAAAAAGAUUUUAAAUAAACAUUACUAAAACUUCAA